UUAAAACAAAAUGGCGACCUUCUUGAGAAGGACAAGUCGGCUCCAUCAACAACUGAUUGGAGCCAAACGCUUUAUUCAGCGCCAUUCCAUUCGAUGUGUAUCUACUUCUGACAAAAAAGAAAGCAUCUCUUUUACCCCUGCCGACAUAGCAGACGAAACUAAGCGAAAAGAUCUCCACAAACGCUUAGAGGAACACUUCAAAGAUGAUAAUUUAGAUUCACCCAAGAACCGGAUUUAUUAUGGGUUUGAGGAAAAUAAUGCUGAGGUAGACAAGUUCCACUAUCACUCUUCAUGGAUUUUUUGGUUUGUUUGCCCUCUAGCUCUUGGUAUUGCUGUUUUCAACUUUGCUUUAAAUGAUGCAGGUUUACAGAGCUGGUAUGUGAGGGAAGCUAGGUUGUUGAUUGAGGAAAGGGAGAGUAAAGGAUUACCUCAUAUUGACAAGAACUUUAUUGAUCCCAGUAAAAUAGUCCUGCCAUCAGAGGAGGAGAUUGAGGCACUGGACAUUGACAUCGUGGUCUAAAAGCUGAUCCUCCUCCAGGACUCAAAAAAUAAAAUUCAUGUUUUGUUUUGUAUAGAUAAAUUUAUAUGUAUUUUUAAAAGUGUGAAGUACAAAUCCCCUCACUGUAUUUGAGAUGUGUAUUGUUACAAAAUUUAAAAAAUGAUAACAAGA